AAAAAAUAAAGAAGAAAAAAGAGGUGGCAUGUGCAGACAAUAUAUCCCUAUGUUUACGAUUCAAUUCCAUAUAUCAUCCAUCUUUUAAUGAUACCCAAAAUCAACCCCAACAAGAAGAACAGAAACAAUCUUUAGAGGAAAAAAAAAAAAGAAGAGACUUUUCUUUCUUGAUAAAUUUCAUGGGGUUCUUCUUUUAGGGUUGUUUACACUUAAAGAUUUGAUCUUUUUUGUAGCUUUCUGUGUAGAGAUUCAAUUUACAGCAGUGAGAUGGCUGGAUCAGAUGAGAAUUUCCCAGGUGUGAUGAGGCCUUCAAAUCUUCAAGGGGGAUUAAGGCCUGGUGUUGGAGGAAAAUUGGGGCAAAAUAGGAGAGCACUGAGUACAAUCAACAGGAAUGUAAUUGGAGCUCCACCAUUAGUACCAUGUGCUGCCAACAAGAGAAAUGUCAUUACUGAUAACAAAGCUAAUGCUGUUAACAAGAUCCCUCCUGUUCCGAUUCAUCGUCCAAUCACAAGGAAGUUAGCUGCACAAAUCGCAAGCAAACAGCAACAACCAGCAGUCGAGGUAACAAAGCCACCACCAGUCCCAGUGGCACCAAACAGAAACGAAUCAGAAGACUGCAUUAUUAUUGAUGCUGAAGAUUACAAGGCCACUGGUUAUUCUGCUGUGCCAAUGUUUGUGCAACAUACAGAGGCAAUGAUGGAGGAAAUCGAUAGGAUGGAUGAGGAGAUAGAGAUGGAAGAUGCAGAAGAUUGGUCAAUUGUCGACAUAGACAGUUCUGAUAAAAAGAACUCACUUGCAGUAGUUGAAUACAUCGACGACAUCUAUGCUUACUACAAGAAGGCUGAGAUUGUUGGCUGCGUCCCUCCAAACUACAUGGAACAACAAUUUGAUAUUAAUGAGAGGAUGAGAGGCAUCCUCAUUGACUGGCUGAUUGAGGUACACUACAAGUUUGAACUGCUGGAGGAGACCUUAUAUUUGACUGUGAAUCUCAUUGAUAGAUUCCUAGCAGUUCAGUCAGUGAUCAGGAAAAAACUUCAACUUGUUGGAAUAACUGCGUUGCUUCUUGCCUGCAAGUAUGAAGAGGUUUCUGUACCUGUAGUGGAGGAUCUAAUUUUGAUCUCUGACAAAGCUUACACCAGAAAAGAAGUGCUUGAGAUGGAAAAAAUGAUGGUUAAUGCCUUACAGUUCAACAUGACCGUGCCUACAGCAUAUGUGUUUAUGAAGCGGUUUCUUAAAGCCGCUCAGUCUGAUAAGAAGGUGGAGCUCGUGUCUUUCUUCUUGAUAGAGUUGUGUUUGGUUGAGUAUGAAAUGCUUCGCUUCCCACCAUCAAUGCUUGCAGCUGCUGCUAUAUUUACUGCACAAUGCACUCUUGGUGUGUCUAAGGAGUGGAAUAAAACCUGUGAGAAGCAUAGCAGCUAUGUUAAAGAUCAGCUUUUGGAAUGCUCGAAGUUGAUGGUUUCUUUCCAUCAGAAAGCAGCAAUUGGGAAGCUUACAGGCGUGCACCGAAAGUACAGCACUUCUAAAUAUGGAUAUGCUGCUAGAUGUGAAGCGGCUUCUUUUCUAUUAGAAGCAUGGUUCUAGGACGUCUAAGUUGUUAUAUACACAUGAUGGAACUGCAUGCUUGCAGUAGUAUGUGUUAAUAGUUUGAAUGUAAUUGAUGAGCAACAUAAGUUGCCCCAGGCUGGGGAGGGGGGAGGGGAGGGUGUUUGAGUACUUUUGCUGCUGAAAGAACAUGCUUUUAUUUGUUUAUGUUGACAUUGCUGGUAUUUUAUGAAAUCUAGCUUUUCACAUUUUCUCUUGAA